UGUUUUCAUGUUUUGUGGUGUAUAUGUUUUGUGUUAUUCAUGCUGUAUUUUCUAUUUUGUUUUUUUUAAGUUUUAUGGAAAAAAUUGAAAUGUUUUUCAGAAAAGUAUUGCAGUAUUCUGCCCGGGCUAUAAAUACACAACGUAAACUUCAACCGUCCUUAUAUCAGUGGCGGCAAAUAGCACGAUCUUGUUCUACCCAAGUGAACCCCUACUUCAAAACUGAAGAAAACAGGCAAGCCCUUGGGAUCCUGGAAAGAAAACUCCAGCUAGGAUAUACGUGCAAAGUCUGCAGUACUAGGAAUAACAACUAUAUAUCCAAAGUGGCAUACACAAGAGGAGUAGUUAUAGUUAAGUGCACAGGAUGCAGUAACAACCAUUUGAUAGCAGAUAAUUUGAAUUGGUUCACAGAUUUGAAUGGAAAAAGGAAUAUUGAAGAUAUUUUAGCAGAGAAAGGCGAACAAGUUACCAGAGUUGAUGCAGGCUGUAUAGAAGCUACAAGUGAAUAGGAAUAUGGCGAGACAGCAUUCCACUUUCUAGGCUUUUUCGCCACAUAUCGCUGCCUAAGGGUUUUAGUAAUGGGGGUUGAUAGUGGAGACUGGAGAGAUUCAGCGCGGUAGUUUGACAUCCUGGCAUUCAUCAGGAGAUCAUAAAGGUUAGACAUAACUGGUAAAUCAACAUGUGGAGUAUGGCGUUGGUACAUACGGAGUCGGCAAAAAGUUGCCAGGCUUCAUCUUACCACCGCUAAUACCACUGCAGGGAUCAUUGUAGAUGUGUGCUCCCUCAAGUGUGUCUUCAGUAAAAUGCAAACACGUUUGAGAAUAUUGUUUUUUAUUUUGUGAUUUAAAAAAAAUGGAAGUAACAUGCCAAAUGACCG